AACUGACUUGCCUAGUUAAAUAAAGGUAAAAUAUAUAUUUAAAAAAAAAAAAGGUGAUGCUUCUUCCGUGACGUAUAAUCUAGUGGACGGAACUGGAAGCUUCAUCUGCGACAACAGGAAUGGAUUCAACCACCUUGGUAGCAAACAUAAAACCGAAACAUUGGAGCGAUUUAGACCAAUCUUGUGUAUAUUAAUCUGUGUUUUUAACACUCUGUUUACGUAUUUACUAGUUAACAAACGCAAUUUGCUUGUUAUAUGACAUUUGUUAAUUUGUUAAAUUGAUACCGAGUCUUAUCACUUUUCAAGUCGCUAACUAGCUAACAUCCCUGACCAUGAGCUCACUAAAUUACUCGCCCCUUGCUAAAGAAGAGGAGGUCUGCUGGACGGAUAAAGAAUCUCUGGGGCUGAACAUUAUCGUGAAAGAAGAAGACGAUGAUAUUCCAGUGGAUGGAGAAGAAGAACCUUUUGGAGUGAAAGAGGAAGAGGGGGAGGUUGAACCGUUUAGAAAUGUUAAGGAGGAAGAUGAAGCUAUUGCAUUGGAUGAAAAGGAGGAUGAUAUAGUGAAAGAGGAGGAAGAACCUUUUGGAGUGAAAGAGGAAGAGGAGGCUAUCGCAAUAAAAGAGGAGGAAGACGUUUUGGGAGUGAAAGAGGAGGAAACUGAAGAUGAGGAGACAGACGAUGAGGAGACUGAAUAUGAGAAGACUGAAGAUCUGAAUAACACCAGGCAUAAACGCUGUCAGUGUUGACUGCUUCGGGCGAACGUCUCUAGAUUGUCUGGUGCUUGAGGGGCGUUUAUCAACACCGUGGAACAAACUCAAACUCCCUGCAUGUUCCAAAGAGUGAUUUUGUUUCAGAUGGUGAAAAAGGAGAGAGGCCAGACACAGAGGAACCAGAGCCAGAGACGUCCAAACCAGCAAGACCACACCACUGCUCCCUCUGUGGAAAGAGUUUUAGCCAGUUAAUGAAUCUGAAAAGACACGAGAGAACACACAUAGGAGAUAAGCCUCAUCACUGCUCCCAUUGUGGGAAGAGUUUUACCCGAUUAGAACACCAGAAAAAACACGAGAGAACACACACAGGAGAGAAACCUUUCCACUGCUCCCAGUGCGGCAAUAAUUUUACCCGGUUAGGGAGCCUGAAUGAGCAUAAGAGAAUUCACACAGGGGAGAAACCUUUCCAUUGUUCCCUGUGUGGAAAGAAUUUUACCUGGUUAGCAAGCCUGAAUGAACAUAAGAAAAUUCACACAGGAGAGAAACCUUUCCACUGCUCCCAGUGUGGAAAGAAUUUUGCCCGGUUGUGGAACCUAAAGGAGCAUGAAAGAAUACACACUGGAGAGAAGAUAUACAAAUGUUCUCAAUGUGGAAAGAGUUUUACCUGGUUAGGUGAUCUGAAGAGACAUAAGAAGACACACACAUGAGAGAAGCCUUAGCAAUGCUCCCACUGUGGAAAGAGAUUCACCCGGGCAUGAGGGAACACGCAGACAAGAAAGCCUUACCACUGUACCCCAGGUGGAGAGAGAUUUACCCAGUUAGGGAAAGACCACGAGGGAACAUGCAGACAAAAAGCCUUACCGCUGCUCCCAGGAUGUAGAGCGAUAUCAUAUCACAUGGACCUGAAGUUCACAAGAGCACACACACUGCUCUGACAUUUGUAUUCUAUAUAUUAAAUUAGUUUUUUAUAUAUGCCACAUUAACUCAAUAAUACAGAAUGUAAUAAAACAUAGAAAUGUUUUUUUUUUUUAUAUAUACACAUGAAUUGAAUACUUUGUCUGUUUUAAAUGUAGAAUAAACCGUCAGUUUGAAUGAACACUCUCUCA